UCACCAAACAACACAACACAAAACUCAAACAUAUUUGUUUUGCACUACGUUGUAGUACUUAAUUACUAGCUAGCUCAAAAUGGCUUCUAGUAGCUACUUCUUCGGCACAAUACUGUUGUUCUCUUUUGCCACAAUGUCAUUUUCCGACUCUCUUUCCCCAUUCUACUAUCAAAGAGUGUGUCCUCAAGCUUUGCCAACCAUUCAGCGCAUCGUCUUCGACGCCAUUAGACAAGAGCACCGCAUGGGUGCCUCUUUAUUACGUCUGCAUUUUCAUGAUAGUUUCGUUAACGGUUGUGAUGCAUCACUUCUACUGGAUUCUACUUCCACCGUUGACAGUGAAAAGAACUCUCUAGCCAAUGCCAAUUCUGCGCGAGGUUUUGAAGUUAUUGAUCGAAUCAAGUCUGCUGUUGAUAAAGUCUAUAAUGGUCUCGUAGUCUCUUGUGCUGACAUUUUGGCUGUUGUUGCUCGUGACUCUGUAUUCGCGUUAGGAGGUCCAUCAUGGACAGUGCAACUUGGGAGAAGGGACUCCACAACCGCAAGCAAAACUGACGCCACUACUGGAAAUUAUGGA